AUGCCUCGUGAAAUGGUUUCCAUUCGUUCCAUAAAAAUGAAAAAGAUGAACCAGUCAGUUGCAAAUGCAAUAACUGCUGUUCUCAAUUUCACCGAAAUCAAAGUGGAAGAGCUGAAAAACAUGCCAUCCAGUCUUCUUCGAGACGAUUUUUGCCACGAAGUCGCAGAAGGUGUCAGAUUGCUAGGACAAAGCAUUGAGGAGGGAUGCAAAGAUGCGGAUCGAAGCUUAAGAAGUUUUGUUUCGAUGACCAAGAAAAGCGAAUUCACGAGUAUUUUGAAAAUAUCCAAAUGGCAACGCAAGAAUAUGGAGAACGCUCUGGAAGAGUGUGAAUUGCUCAUGAAUCUUCUAGAAGUCGAACCGAACGCAAGCCUUAAAAAUAUUGAUCGCUUGAGGACAACAGUUUCCAAUACAAAAGAAGAUCUUCAAUCUUUUUGUCAAAGUCGUCGAAAUAUGUUUGCAGAGCUGAUUUCAAGGACGAGGAAAGUCAUCGACGAGCAGAAAAAAAGAGAGAAUUAUUUUAAAACGAAAGAGCUCAGUAAUAUUGAAAUUGAAAAUAAAGAGAUUGAAAAAGAGGAUCCUAUGGUCAGCCCUCAUGACGAACCACCAAGCAAAAAAAAAAAAGUUCAAUUCGAAAUUCCACAUGGCCAUUCGACACAAUCCACUUCUGCAAAUCCAGCCAGUGAAGAUCCAAGAUAUCCAGAAAACAUAUUUACGGAACUACCUAACAUUGGCGGCCUUUCGACUAGAUCUCCUACAAAACAUCGUAUUGUCGUCGCCUCUCGAAACAUUGGAGAUACAGCAGAACCGUUGAAGAAACUUCAACGGGAUUAUGCUGACCAACAGAGGUUUCUGGAACUUUUCACUGAAAUGGAGGCUGAUAUCUUUGGCAAGUGCACGAAUCAUUUUGUCGAGUGUGCGAACGGUGCAGAUUUCGAAAGAAAAUUCAACACAUAUGGAUCGGCUCUUCCAUAUUUGGUGAAAAACUCAGAUGACAAAUGUGAUAUAAAAGUGCAGAUCGACGGAGAGCCAAUUAACUUGGACUGUAAUCAACUGGAACUUCUGUCUACCUCAACAACUCGGAACACGAAUGAAAUGAGAAGUUUCUUCAAGAAAACUGAAGCGAAGAGAAAGGUUAUUGACACAUCAAUGAUCAACAGGCUAACAGUGGACGACAUGAAGCUUGUGAGAGACCGAGGCCUCGGAGCUCACAUCAAAGCUCAUGAUUUGGAUUUUGGGCUUACUGAAAAAUACCGGAGAGGUUUUGGAGAUGCCACAGAGAAGAACGAUUUGCUUGAUUCAGUUCAGUCGCUGGUCCUUGCUAGACCAAGUUCGAUGUCCAGUCUUCAAUUUGAGCCAAAUGGCUCAGCAUUCUACUAUUAUGUUUGUACCGGAAAAGAAGUGAUGUAUGUGAAACCGGCGACUAUGGAAGAUGUGGAUCUCUACGAGAAACUGGCUGGCAACGAGAAGGACCAAUGGAUUGUCACGGAAUUCGGAGACUUCAGCCGAAUCGAAAUUAGUGCCGGUCAAAUGGCAGUUCUUCCGACUGGAUGUCUCUGGUUUUUUUUUGCUCGAGAGAAAACAAUUGCAAUUAAAGGAAACUUUGAUACGAUCGAGAACUUUCCACUCGCUUGGAGAAUAGCAAAAAUGUCUAGCAAAAAUUCGGAAAAGACAGGCCGAUACUGGAUUCUCUUGUUCAACUACGUUGAGAAAUUCUUCUACGAUGGAUACGAGGGUCAAGAAUACUCACCAGCCUUGGGUUUCAUGUUGUUCGAAGAACUAUCUCGACACUUGGGGGAGCAGUCUUCGUUCAAAUCCUUCCGGAAACGAAAAGUGCUGAAUUCUCUUGGAAAUCGUCUGAGGAGAGAUGGUUAUCCGGACGUGCCAAUUCUCAAAGCUCCAAAAAGAGGCAACACUUCGAAAGUUGAAUCUGCAAAUGGGAGAGAUAUGAAUGGUGCCGAUGAUUUCAUGGAUGAGGAUUAA